CCCUAUAUCUCAAUAUCAAUAUCUCUGUCUCUCUCCAUCUCUUUCUGCUACGAGUUGGGAGUUUUUUAUGGUUUCGUGAAGCAGAAGUCUGGUAUAUUCGUGUUUUCUUCGAGACUCGUAAGUUUUCUUGAAAUGGGAAAGAAAGAGCAGAAGGAUCAGAAAGACGAUGACAGGGUUGAAGCUGUUCUGGAGCUUCUCAGAAAACAAGCCCCCCUUACAGUAAAGCAGGAGAAGUUCUGCAACAAGGCUUGCGUAGAACGGUUUCUGAAAGCAAAAGGAGAUAGUGUGAAGAAAGCUGCGAAGAACUUAAGAGCUUGCCUUUCCUGGAGAGAUGGUAUUGGCACAGAUCACUUGAUAGCAGAUGAGUUCUCAGCUGAGAUCGCCGAAGGCGUUGCUUAUGUGGCCGGUCAUGAUGAAGAAUCCAGACCUAUUUUGAUUUUCCGGAUCAAGCAAGAUUACCAGAAAUUCCAUUCCCAAAAACUGUUUACUCGUUUGCUGGUGUUUACGCUGGAGGUUGCCAUCCAAACCAUGCCGAAAAACGUCGAGCACUUCGUUCUUCUUCUCGACGCGAGCUUUUUCAGGUCUGCAUCGGGUUUUAUGAAUUUAUUGCUGGCUACACUGAAAACUGUGGCAGAGUACUACCCAGGCAGGCUGCACAAGGCUUUUGUCAUUGAUCCUCCAUCUCUAUUCUCUUAUCUAUGGAAGGGUGCUCGGCCGUUCGUUGAGUUAUCAACGGCCACGAUUGUUGUAUCGUCACUAGAUUUUGAAGAAUCCCUGGACUUUAACGAUUUCUCAACCUACCCACGACCACGAGCAUCGUCCCUUCGGUUUGACCCUUCGUCUUUGAAAUCAACGGCCAAGAUCGGCUCAUGCUCAUCCUCCCGCUUCUCGUUCACGGUCUCGCACCACUUUGACUCGCUGAAACCUUGGUACCUAAGCUUAACUGACACGUCAGCUUCGAAAGUAGGUCCCACGACACCAUCUUCUUUGGGCCCCGCUCUAAUUUCCCCACUCAACGCUCGAUCCUUCUCGUUCGCAUCACCGGCUGCGAGAACUCCACCUGCGAGCAUCUACGGUGGAAGCAACAUGACUAGGCCAACGAGGAAAUCUCUGUUCCCUUCAACCCCGUUGCCACAGCGUACCACCAACAGUGAGCCUAGCAAAAUCUCCCAGCCUCGCACCCCACGACCCUCGUUCCUCCAAUCACCGGCCAUGUUUUUCCGCAAGGAUUGCCACGUCAGCCGUAACGACAGGUCUCGGGAGUCGUUCUUACCAUUUUUGAAGUUCUACAGGAGGCCAUACGAUGAGAUGAUUUACAGGUCAAAGAUGAGGCCCCCACUUGGUGGACUAAUCUCCAUCGUUUCUCCCCACCUAAGACGCCGCCACGUGUCCGUAUCGCAACGGUUCUGAUCGAGCAUGGAACCCGAGAAAAAGGGAAAGAAAAAAAAGUACAUAAUGAAUUAACAAUCUCCAUGACACUACUGCUAAUAAUUUGAUUAAUUAUUUCUGCCUUCAACUUCGAGGAAAAAAGAAAAGUCACAGCGACGACGACGUGCUAGGUGGGGUGUGAGAAGGUGUGCACCAUGUCCCAUUUUGAGGUUUGUGGCUUCACAAAGUCUACGUUUUGGGGGCAAAGCAUCAUCAUCAUGCAUGGGAGCAAGACAACGUGGUCGAGACGGAGAACAUUUUGCUUUGGAAAUCAUAUGGUGGGAAAUAGAACUGUAUUAGAAGCACCAAAGAGUACUCGAAAGGAAUGCCCUCUGUUUCGAUUCAAA